GCAAGUCACUGGCGACUGGACGAGGUGGGGGGUGGGUUGACGUGACCUCGCCAAGCCGUGGGCCGCCUCUAGGUCGACUUGGCCGUCGCCACCACGAGGGGAGUCAAGGAGUUGGUGCUGUUGGCUGUGGUGGUGGUUGAGACCUCGGGGACGGUGAUAACAAGAAGAGUUGAGGUGGCGGGCGUGUGAUGCUGGUCUCGCCAGCCGGGGCUAACAGACAAGGUGCCCUUGUUGCGACUCCGUAAACCCAAGCUGUGCCUCGCAAAGACUCUGGGCCACUUGAGCGUGGUUUUACUGCGCGCGCUUUGGCUGCAGAGUGAGUGACGCUGGGCGCCAUGAGCCGGCUGGACGUGCUCUACCGCCGCCUACUUCUCACCAAGCUCUUCACGCAUGGCUGGGGCCGGCCCGAGGACCUCAAAAGGAUUUUUGAGUGGAAAAUGAUCGGGAACCGUGAGAGAUGCCAGCACCUGGUGCCACACGACUAUCCCAUCCACGUGGACAAGGUUUAUGAGCAGUCCGAUGUGCGGAUCAUGGAGGGGCACUUCACGUCGCCACUGCAGCACUACCUGCCUGGCAUCAUGCCGCCCGAGAUCGUCACAGCCAGAUUUCAAUUCAUUCUACCUUUGAAAUGGAAGACAGCCAACAGGCCCGUGUGCAUUCACCUGGCAGGAACUGGGGACCAUUACUUCUGGCGGCGACGCGCGCUCAUGGCACGGCCCAUGAUCAAGGAGGCCGGAAUCUCGUCACUGCUGCUGGAAAACCCCUACUAUGGCUACAGGAAGCCCAAAGCCCAAGUGCGCUCGAGCCUGCGGAACGUGUCAGAUCUGUUCGUAAUGGGCGGCGCCCUCAUCCUCGAGUCGGCCGCGCUGCUGCACUGGCUGGAGCGUGAGGGCUACGGGCCGCUCGCCAUGACCGGCAUCUCCAUGGGCGGACACAUGGCCUCCCUGGCCGUCACCAAUUGGCCCAAGCCAAUCCCACUGGUGCCUUGCCUCUCCUGGUCCACAGCCUCUGCCGUCUUCACCACCGGCGUGCUGAGCCACGCCGUGAACUGGCGGCAGCUGGAGCAGCAGUACGCGUCAGAGAGCGAGUACGAGGAGGAAAUCACGCGCCUGCUGGAGUACUGCGGGAUGGAUUCUUUCAGGAUGGGCCAAGACUUUGUGCGACAUUCGUCGGACACCCUCAACGGCCUACACAACCUCCAGCAUUCGGACAGUGCCCAGAACUUUCCGAUUGGCCGUCAGGAUUACAGAGACGGGGCCCAGGGUGUGAUUGACAGGCGAGUGGGCGGGACCGUGAAACUGAUGGAUGGGAUGAAAGAUGUGGCCGAAGCGAGUCACAACUUGAAUCUGAUUGGCCAUCGAGCCAAAAGCGGGCAUGAGACUGUGAAUGUGAUUGGUCAGUCCAGCAGUGCCCUAGCUGGAGGCGGUGCCACCAUGAGUUUUGUGGGUGGCAUGGCGGCCGGCAACGUGACCGCAAGCGGCUCGGCGAAAACGAGCAGCAGAAGGGAGGAGGGAAAACACAAGCGGCGCGAGGACGAGAGGAGGAAGGCAUUUCUGAGGAAGGAGUCGCUGCUCUUCAUGAAGGGCGUCAUGGACGAGUGCACGCACGUCGGCAACUUUUCUGUGCCCGUGGACCCAAGCCUCAUCAUUGUGGUGCAGGCAACGCAAGACGCGUACAUACCGCGGGCGGGCGUGCGCGACCUGCAUGAGAUCUGGCCGGGCUGUGAAGUUCGCUACCUGGAUGGAGGACACAUCAGCACAUACCUCUUCUCACAGAGCCAGUUCAGGCAGGCGAUCUAUGAUGCAUUCAGCCGCUACGUGAGGAAGUAUCCCGAUGCCUGGAGAUAGCGCAACCACCUCGCAUGUCAUCAAGCUGGUCGCACAUACAACACCAUUUUGUUUUUUUAUCUUAACUGCCUCUACCAGCAAAAGUGCCAUUUAAUACAUUUUUCAAGCUGUAUCGUUAACUGCAAUGUCCACUCGUGGGAAUUUUGUGUUUUAUUUUAAGGGUCUCAGCUAGCACUGGCCAAUGUGCUGCAUUGUUGUCGAAAAUAAGGGACAAUAUGGGUUGCUGAUUUGAGUUUAGGGUGCUAACGCAUGCUGUGGCACAGAGCCAUUCUGGCCAAUAAGUGUUCUCUUUUCAACUAACAAGGUGAGUUUCUGUUGAUCUCGUUGAAAUGUUUUUCGAGUCCGCUUCUUUGGGCUACUAUAUUCUGUCCCAGCUUAAUGGAAGAGACAGCAGUAAAAAAUUGUAAACUUCAUCCUUUUUAUACCACACUUCCACCGUGAAAUGCGGUGUUUUUAAGUGUAUUAAUAUGUUGUACUUAGCUGAACUAAAAUAUUGCAGGGAGUUCAGUCCGUCCAUUACUUGCAUAGGUGCACAGUGUAUCCUCCCUUGUCGCCCUCGAGCUCAUUGAGGAGAGGAUGCCUCGCUUGGUUCCGGUCAUGAAUUGUCUGUCACCUCCGUCCUCUUGGAUUUUCCCUCGUCAAGGCCAUGAAACAUUAUGGCGAUUUUAGAUAUAUAAACGCACUUGCCUAAAUCUGGUCAAAGCUGAUCGCUUACUCCCCUUUGUGGGCAACUGGGAUGGCAUCUUACAAUCAAGUUUGUGCUCGACACCAAUUUUUGUUCAUUAAACAGUGCAAACCUGUUUUUUUUGCUAUGCAGAACACUUACAUUGUCAUACCAAGUUACUGUAUUGUCUAUAAUAAAAACUGUUGCUGGUGAUUACCAGCAAUCUAUUUUACCUUUUUUAUUUAUUUUACUAGGUAAGGCCCACUGAGCUAUAUAGCUCUUUUCAGAAGCGACCUGGCAACAAAUGAUAUCUCAACAAAGUGGCUUAUGUGGAAAGUUAUAGCAGCCAAAUACUUUAAAUCGCCAAAGUUAUCAUGGCCUUUAUGACGGCACCAGCAGUAAAUUGCAUUUAUUUUCCGUAAAUUGAACAUGGUGAUUUCUUUACAAUUUGUUUUUAUGUAUCAGAGAUUUGUGCCUAGUAAUUGUUGAUCAUGCCUUUUUGAAAUAUGCAAUGUUUAUAGAGUAUGGGUGCUUAUAGUUUUACAUUGGAAAACAGUAAAAAUGAGUAAAUUGCCAAGUGACGUAACUCUAAUUUUAAAAUCGAUGACUUUACUGUGCAAAUCGCUGCAAAUUCUGUUGCUGAUUUUGCUUCGUUCACAUUUUGUGCAUGUAGGGUUUCAUAAUAUGCUAUUUUGCAAUGAGUGAUGGCUUUUGAAGGCAGUGCUGUUGUCAACGACAACGUCUUGAUGUACUGAGUGAGGACCAUGGUGGACUCUGUGCAACCAUGGUGCCUUGCAGUGAGUGACACGUACUUGCCCAAAAAAAUCUGUUAACUUGAAAUUUACACCAUACGCCACUUGAACACCGUGCGAGUUCAGCAUCCGUGUGUAAAAUGUUAUUCAAUAUUUCAAUGCAGGUUGUGAUAUUACUUAGGUUGUUGCUGUAAAGCUAUGAAAUGCACGUUAUUUGGUAUAAUCAUUGAUUUUGGUCACGUCGUUGUUGGCUGCUUACCUGCCAAAAUGUUUUAUAGCGAUACUUAAUUAAUAAUUAACAGACCCUUAUCAAUCCACUACUGGAUGAAAGUUUCCCCAUAUUUUUUCAGUCGGGGACGUUGAUUGACUAUAUGUACUUAACCACGCUGAUCAAUGUGGGUUGGUGAAUGGCGCGCAUACGACCAAAUCAGAUGUCACCCACCACAGGUGUAAGCUGUGGACCGCAAUCGAACUCAGGGUUCAUCGCACAGCACGCUAACCUCUGCACCACAUCGUCGCCAUAUUUGAUGCACAUUCUCAUAAAGCUGUUUUGCUUUGUGAUAAGUCGGUAAUUUAGUCAAUUCCCCAUGUUGCCCUCCUUUGCAAUGUAUUCAAACUCAUCGCUCGUAACAUUCUUGAGUGGCUUUCAAGCACAGAUAUUCGCUUAACUGCAUUACUCCCAUGCAACAUUGUCAAGUCGUCUCUUUGGUCUUUGAGCAAAGUUGACCGAUAACUAAAACCACAUCCCUGGGUAUCUUGACCAAAAUCGCAAUUUCUGUUCGUUCGUGUUCUUUCUGAUGCGUUGCCCAAUGAAGCGGUGCACGUUGUGUAACGCUCUUGCAAGCCCUCCUUUUGUGAGCUCUGCAUUUGACGGUGGGGCGAUGCAAUCCAUUGCUGCCCGGCAACUUCUGCAGGCCCUAUUUUGCCUCGUAGUCGGCAGAUGCCACCCACCCCUUCAUUGAGCAGUGGAUUGAGAAUGGCUGUCGAUGGUGGUGUUGCUGUGACGGUGCUUGCACCAAGUGAAAACAUCACCGCUGUGUUGUCUUAGACCAGUUUUGUUUUAUUUAUAAAAGCAAAUUCAAUAAAGAUUUGAACAAAAA